UACCAUCGUGCAUUCCAUUGCCUUUGCUCCACCCUUCAGAAUGUUUACUGAGGGCUCCCUCCAGAUGGGGCUGAAGCAGUAUGGCUGUAUCAGUCAGUUGCUGCAUUCAAAACAAGUCUGAACCGAAGCACAGGCUCUGGCUGUUGUCUCGGGCUCUCCUGAUGCUGUUUGCAGAUGGAAAGAUGAAGAACGGUGCCAUGGCUCAAUGCUCGGCUCUAUCAGAUCGCCUGUCCUUAGCACAGAACACAGAGGAUGCCCAGCUGGGGUCAUUCGGGUUCUCAAUUUUACCGCUGCGGUUUCCACAGAUACUCAAAACUGCUGCAAAUUGUUAUUUCUCUGGAGCGAUACACAACCUCGUAGACACAAAACUCCCAACACGAGCACCCGCGCAUCAGCGCAGCGCGGCCAUUAUCGCCCUGCAGCGCCCCCCAGCGCCCAGGCGGUACGGCCACCCCCGGCUGCAGGCGCAUGCGCGUAGGGCGCCGCGCUCCCGGCGGAAGUGGCGUAAGGCCGGCGCCAUGGCCGAGGCGGCGGACGGUUCGCGGCCGGAGGACUGCCCGGGAACCGGCAGCGCCCAGGCGGGUCGGGCCGCCGCGUGUCAGGGAUGCCCCAACCAGAAGCUCUGCGCCGCCGGCGCCGCCGCAACGGACCCGGCCGAGGCGGCGGAGCUGAGGGAGCGGCUGCGCGGCGUGAAGCACAUCGUCGUGGUUCUCUCCGGGAAGGGCGGCGUGGGGAAGAGCACGUUCAGCGCGCUGCUGGCUCACGGGCUGGCGGCCGACGAGGGCAAACAGGUUGCUCUGCUGGACGUCGACAUCUGUGGGCCGUCCAUCCCUAAGAUGAUGGGUCUGGAAGGAGAGCAGGUUCAUCAGAGUGGAUCAGGAUGGUCUCCAGUGUAUGUUGAGGAAAACUUAGGUGUCAUGUCAGUGGGGUUCUUGCUCAGUAGUCCUGACGAUGCUGUCAUCUGGAGAGGACCAAAAAAAAAUGGGUUGAUCAAACAAUUUCUUCGUGAUGUGGACUGGGGUGAAGUUGACUACCUGAUUGUAGACACCCCUCCAGGAACAUCAGAUGAGCACCUAUCAAUUGUGCAGUACCUCAGUGCAUCACAUAUAGAUGGCGCUGUUAUAAUUACUACCCCUCAGGAAGUCUCACUUCAGGAUGUUCGGAAAGAAAUCAACUUCUGUCAUAAAGUGAAACUGCCAAUCAUAGGUGUUGUGGAGAACAUGAGUGGCUUUAUAUGUCCAAACUGCAAGAAAGAAUCUCAGAUCUUUCCCCCAACUACUGGAGGUGCAGAGAAGAUGUGCCAGAAUUUAAAUGUUUCCCUCCUGGGUAAAGUGCCUCUAGAUCCUCAAAUAGGAAAAAGUUGUGACAAAGGUCAGUCUUUCUUGUCUGAAGUGCCUGAGUCUCCAGCAACGUCAUCUUACAGGAACAUAAUUCAAAGGAUUCAGGAGUACUGUGAUCAGCACCAUUUUCAAGAAGAAAAGAUUAUCUGAACACAA